AUGGAUUUUAGUGCCCCGGACAAUGCCGAUUACGCACAAGAUGAUCGCUGCAAAGAAUUGCGCAGGUUAUUCUUUCGCUUGAACACAUUCUACACUUUUUUGAUGUCCAGGAAGCAUGUCAUUAGCACUUUUGAUACUUUGAGAAAACCUAUCGAGAAGGACAUUCGAAGGCCACUGGAGCCUCUAGAUCUGGCUAAAAUUGCAUACUUGCUUCCUAGAGAUGUGGUUUUCAAAUACAUUGACGUUAACCAAUUUCACACUGAGAGUAAGGAUUUCGAUUUCCAGAACGGAGGUUUUCAACAAAAGACUAAUGACAUUUUCCAGCUGAAACCCGAGGGCAGUGAGUUUGAUGGUUCAUUCUCUAAUUCUGAAGACUCUCAGGUGCUGGUGUUCGAGUUUAUUGACGGUAACAUGGCCCACAAGGUGUCAAGACGCGAAUUCAAAACGCAAGUAAAAUUGCCAGAGUUUACUCCGGACGCAAUGCGAAGAAUGAUAUCAAAGCGUAAGAAAAUAUUUGAAGAUAGUUUGGCUGCUUUUUUGGGCCGAAGUAAAUUGAAAAAUGUGGAUCCAUGGCAAGUGUUGAAUUCCGAAGCGGCCGCGUUGGUUCCUCAGAAAAAAGAGUUCCAAGAUCCCAUCGAAGCAAUGAUUAAGUCCCGUGAAGCUCAAGGCGAAGCCAAAGUUUUGCUCGAUGCUGAGAACAAUCUUACCAGGCUCGCGAUACCAACGUUGCUUAAAAAAUUGCAGAUGUCUGAGUUAUACAAUAAUCAGAUUGUAAGCCAUAUGAUCAUAGAAGAACGAUCUGCAGUGCUGAGUCAAUUAGAUUUUGAACUGGCUCCCGGCGCUCUUGAUGCUUUUGAGCAUAAAACUUUUUACUCUCACCAAGCGCAGGCGCUUGAUGCCAUUCACAAUGGCAAUAAUGUUAUAAUUACUACCUCAACGUCUUCAGGUAAGUCCCUCAUUUACCAAUUGUCGGCUAUAGAUACUCUACUCAAGGAUCCUCAAGCCACUUUCAUGUAUAUGUUUCCGACAAAGGCUUUGGCACAAGAUCAGAAAAGGGCAUUUCAGGCUCUGCUCUCGAGGAUACCUCAGCUGUCUCAUAUUGUAGUUGAUACCUACGAUGGUGAUACAGAGGAAAAUAAUCGGGGAUACAUACGCAAGAAUGCAAGAGUCAUUUUCACGAACCCUGAUAUGAUACACGUUAGCAUUUUACCUAACCACCCAAAUUGGCGCCACUUUUUGAUGCACUUAAAACUUGUUGUGGUCGACGAACUUCACAUGUACAAAGGUUUAUUUGGAUCUCACGUUGCUCUUGUGCUAAGAAGGCUUGUACGCCUGGUAAAUGGAUUUUAUGAAAACCUUGAAGUGAAGUUUAUAUCUUGCUCUGCGACACUGAAACGCCCAAUUGAACAUAUGAAAAGCAUCUUCGGUGUGGAUGAGGUAACUUUAAUAGAAGAGGAUGGCUCUCCAAGAGGUGAAAAACAUCUAGUGGUUUGGAACCCCCCUGUUCUUCCUCAACAUAUGCGAAGGAGAGAGAAUUUCAUUCAUGAAAGUGCCAAGAUCUUGGUACAGCUCAUAUUAGAAAAUGUCAGAACUAUCGCUUUUUGUUAUGUUCGUAGGGUUUGCGAACUGUUAAUGAAAGAAGUGCGUACAAUAUUUCAAGAAAUGAAUAGAACUGAUUUGUUGAAUGAGGUCAUGUCUUAUCGAGGAGGAUACUCUCCUUCGGAUCGACGCAAAAUUGAGCAGGAAAUGUUUCAUGGGAAUUUGAGAGCAGUUAUUUCCACUAAUGCACUAGAGUUAGGUAUCGAUAUAGGUGGUUUGGAUGCUGUACUAAUGUGUGGAUUCCCACUUUCCUUGGCUAAUUUUCAUCAACAAAGUGGCAGAGCCGGCCGAAGGAAUAGGGAUUCACUGACACUAGUCGUUGCCAGCGACUCACCUGUAGAUCAACAUUACGUUACACAUCCAGAUGUUUUAAAGGAUGGUGACAGAAAUUCGUUUCAAGAGCUUACACUGGAUUUUGAAAAUGUUUUGAUCUUAGAAGGCCAUAUUCAAUGUGCUGCCUUUGAACUACCCAUUUCAAUUGACAGGGAUUUGCAAUAUUUUGAGGCCAAAAUUUUGAGGAAAACCUGCGAAGAGCGGUUACAGCACGAUGCGAAUGGAUACCAUACACACAAUAGGUUUCUUCCUUGGCCUGCCAAGCUUGUCAGUCUCCGUGGCUCAGAAGAAGUUCAGACUGCCGUAGUGGACAUUACCAACGGAAGAAAUAUAGUUAUCGAAGAAGUUGAGCUUUCAAGAACUAGCUUUACACUGUACGAUGGAGGAAUCUUCAUUCAUCAAGGCUAUCCAUAUCUUGUAAAGGAAUUUAAUCCUGAUGAGCACUACGCGAAAGUUCAAAGAGUUGAUGUUGAAUGGACAACAAAUCAGAGAGAUUUUACUGAUGUUGACCCUCAAGAAAUAGAAAUGAUCAGAUCUCUAGAGGAUAGCGAUGUACCCGUUUUCUUUGGCAAAAUCUUGACCACUAUUGUCGUCUUUGGGUUUUUCAAAAUUGACAAGUAUAAGCGUAUCGUCGACGCUGUUGAGACUCAUAAUCCGCCAGUCACCAUUCUGUCUAAAGGAAUGUGGAUUGAUAUACCAUCUAAUGCAAUAAACCUUUGCAAGCAGAAGGCCUUAAACAUUGCAGGAGGAAUUCAUGCAGCUCAACAUGCUAUAAUGGGCCUUCUCCCGGCUUUCAUCGUUGCUGGGGUGGACGAAAUACAAACUGAAUGUAAAGCGCCAGAAAAAGAAUUUGCAGAACGCCAAACCCAAAGAAAACGCCCAGCGCGUUUGAUUUUCUAUGAUUCAAAAGGAGGCAAACACGGAUCAGGGCUUUCAACUAAAGCCUUUGAACAUGUGGACGUCAUUUUAAAUGGUGCUCUAAAACGAGUAGAAGAAUGUCCCUGUGACUAUGGCUGUCCAGAGUGUGUGGCUGCUGCUUUUUGUAAAGAAAACAGCUUGGUGCUCUCAAAGGCAGCAUCAUUAAUUAUUCUUCAUUGUAUUUUAGGUCACGAAGAAUCUAGUUUCAUCGAUGCAAUUAAGGAUGGACCGGAGCCCAACCUGCCAGAUAUCAAAAUUGAGACUAUUGUGCCUGCUAUUGGACACGUCAAGUUUUCAAAGGACUUACAGAUCAUUGACGUCAGAGCCUCAGCUGAGAAGUCGUAUCCCUCUAUGAAGGUUGAAGAAUAG